AUGUUGACCGAACAGCAACAUGUCUCCGUCGAGAAGCCUGGUGUACUCAAAAGACUGGUUGGGCGUGCUCGCAGCAAGUCUGAUCUAUCACGCAAGGAAAGUGUCAGCAGUAUCGCCUCCAAUGCCAGUGAUCUCUCGCGCUCGACCACAGGUGGCUCCGUCGCUUCCACGACGGAACGCAGUCGUGGCCGCGUGCCCUCAUUCAAGACGCCGUCAUUCAAAGCCGGAUCUUCGAGCAACUCAUCCGCGUCUCCUCCAGCUCACAAAAAACUCUCAGUGCCGUCAGCGCGUCCACACCCCGAGGCUGGUCUGUCGCGCGAUCUCUGGGACGAGGCAUACGACGCCUUGCGGCUUGAUCCCAGUACUGCAUCUUUGGUAGUGACGUACGAGAGCAUUAUAUCUCAAGAGCUACCCGAAGAUGUGAAACUCGAUCUGAUGACCGCAAUUGCAACGGCAGGUCUAAGCAAACGCCGCGGUAGCAAGAGCAGCGAAGUGGAUGACUCGACGCCACGGACCUUGGAACACACCAAGCGUAUAGUGGAGAGCCAACUUGACGACUUCCCGUCCACGGCCCUUGCCUGGGCUGGCUUGUGCACCUUGACACCUACCAUUGACAAGAUGGUGGACGGGAUAUUUGAGAGCGAUGAGACGGCCAGGGAGUUACUGAAUGAACUCGUUGUUGAGGGCCCCCGGCGAGAAAAGAUGGCAACGCGGGACGUUGACCUUGACGUUGAUGCUCUGGACAAGCUACGGCAGCAGGAAGUGGAUGACUUGAAGAUACCGGAGGACCGACCACUGUGA